UUCACCGCGCGCCCCGCGGCGCCGAGGGGGCGGAGCCCGGGACCCGCCGCGCCUGCGUGGUGUGCGUUCCCGGGAGCAGCUGCUGCUGUCGCCGCCGCUGCUGCUAACGCCUUCGCCGCCGCUACCUCCGCGUUCGGGAGUAGAAUUCGGAAUCCCUGCGCCCCGCUAACAAUGAAGCAGAGUUCCAACGUGCCGGCUUUCCUCAGCAAGCUGUGGACGCUUGUAGAGGAAACCCACACUAACGAGUUCAUCACCUGGAGUCAGAAUGGACAAAGUUUUCUGGUCUUGGAUGAGCAAAGAUUUGCAAAGGAAAUUCUCCCCAAGUACUUCAAACACAAUAACAUGGCAAGCUUUGUGAGACAGCUAAAUAUGUAUGGCUUCCGUAAAGUAGUACAUAUCGAAUCUGGAAUUGUCAAACAGGAAAGAGAUGGCCCUGUUGAAUUUCAACAUCCUUAUUUCAAACAAGGCCAGGAUGACUUGUUGGAGAACAUUAAAAGGAAGGUUUCGUCUUCAAAACCAGAGGAAAAUAAAAUUCGUCAGGAAGAUUUAACAAAAAUUAUUAGUAGUGCCCAGAAGGUUCAAAUAAAACAAGAAACUAUUGAGUCCAGGCUUUCAGAAUUAAAAAGUGAGAAUGAAUCCCUUUGGAAGGAGGUGUCAGAGUUAAGAGCGAAGCAUGCACAGCAGCAGCAAGUUAUUCGAAAGAUUGUCCAGUUUAUUGUUACAUUGGUUCAGAAUAAUCAACUUGUGAGUUUAAAACGUAAAAGGCCUCUACUUCUAAACACAAAUGGAGCCCCAAAGAAGAAUCUAUUUCAGCACAUAGUCAAAGAACCAACCGAUAAUCACCAUCAUAAAGUUCCACACAGCAGAACUGAAGGUUUAAAGUCAAGAGAACGGAUUUCAGAUGACAUAAUUAUUUAUGAUGUUACUGACGAUAAUGUGGAUGAAGAAAAUAUUCCAGUUAUUCCAGAAACAAAUGAGGAUGUUGUAGUUGAUUCCUCCAGCCAGUAUCCUGACAUUGUCAUUGUUGAAGAUGACAAUGAGGAUGAGUACGCUCCUGUCAUUCAGAGUGCAGAGCAGAGUGAGCCAGCCAGAGUGGGGAGUGCCAGCAGCAGCAGCCCUCUCAUGUCUAGUGCUGUCCAGCUAAAUGGCUCCUCCAACCCGACCUCAGAAGACCCUGUGACCAUGAUGGAUUCCAUUCUGAAUGACAACAUUAACCUUUUAGGAAAGGUUGAGCUGUUGGAUUACCUUGACAGUAUUGAUUGCAGUUUAGAGGACUUCCAAGCUAUGCUCUCAGGAAGACAGUUUAGCAUAGACCCAGACCUUCUGGUUGAUUCUGAGAAUAAGGGAUUAGAAGCUACCAAGAACAGUGUUGUUCAACAAGUUUCAGAAGAGGGAAGAAAAUCUAAAUCCAAGCCAGAUAAACAGCUUAUCCAGUACACUGCCUUUCCACUUCUCGCAUUCCUUGAUGGGAACCCUGCAUCUGCUGUUGAACAGGGGACUACAACAGCAUCGUCAGAAGUUGUACCCUCUGUAGAUAAGCCUAUAGAAGUUGAUGAGCUCCUGGAUAGCAACCUAGACCAAGAAGCAACCCAAAGUAAGCUUGUCCGCCUGGAACCACUGACUGAAGCAGAAGCCAGUGAAGCCACGCUGUUCUACUUAUGUGAACUCGCUCCUGCGCCCCUGGAUAGUGAAAUGCCCCUUUUAGAUAGUUAAACUCCACUGGACACUGUAUAUAUUCAUCAAAGUGAUGAAGUAUUUAUUUUAAAGUAUCAUUUGGUACUUUGUUUUGUAAAUUACUUUUUGUUUAAUCAGAUACUGUGGAAUAAAAGCACCUUUUGCUUUUCUCCCUAACCAUACUUAACAAAGCUUUCAGAUGGUACUCGGCUGACUAGGCAUAUAAAUUUUAAUGCACAUUAUUGGCAUAUGUUUAAGUUGAAUUCAAAUGGCCAUUUUCUCCAGUUGUAAUUGGAUUUUUCUUUUUUACAAAUAUGACCAUUGCAUUAAUCCCAGCUAAAACUUGUUUAUUUUCAAUUGAGUUUAAGUGUCUAGAACUAAAGUAGAAAACUCUGGCCCAGUUACUUUUAUUAAAUAUUUUUCACUUGGCUUAUUUCUAAAACUGGGAACAUAAAGUGCCUGUAUCUUGUAAUAUUUCAUGUCUUUGUUGGUUCAGAGAAAUUUUUUUAUGUUCAGAGAAAUUUAUUCAUUUUAACAGAAAAGGCAGCGUACACGAGUAAUCGGUCACUCUGAAGUGGUACUAGCUCCAUAUACAUAGAGAGAAUGUGGAGACUGGGUGUGGUUAACCCCACCCAUGUAGACUAGUUUAAGUACGUCUUCUGGUUUGUGUUCUUUUGAACCAUGGUAUUUAGUAAAAUAAAUAUGACGAAAGUCGAGUACUAUUAUUUGUUGAGUCGUCUUUGGAAGUGAUGCCCACAUGAAGUGAUUUUCCUUCUCAUAGGAAGAAGGUGGCUUUAAACUCUGUGUUGUUCAUUAUCACACUGUGAGUCACAUCAGGGUCUUUGUGCUUUACCUGGAAAAAAAAAAAAAAAAAGACUGUGUAUUACAGUACGGGAAGAAUCUGAUCUUAAUGUGUUUUAAUGUUCUUUGUUUAAAAAGUAUACUGGCUUGCUUUUUAUGUUUCUAAUAAAGAACCAAGAGAAAAAUUA